AUGGUCGGGCAGCUUUGCCCUCACCUUAGCCAUCUGGGCCCUGUGUUCCAGAGUGGCGUUGAGAUCCUUGGAGGUCUGAGGCCCCAGAACGGCAAUGCUACCACCUCGCACGCCGCUGCUUUGAACGGUAACCGGCCUGAGUCUCUCUGGCCCGUCUGGCUGAAACUGGGCAUCUGCUCCGUCAUGGAGGUUGCCGCCCCUCAAAAGAAGUGA